GCACGGGCUCGGCGCGCGGCGGGCUGAUAGUGAACGGACGCGGUUAAAGUUGAAGGGGACUGACAGCGGUAGCAGCGCUGUGAGUGUAAAUGAGUGAGUGAGUGUGAAAACAUGGCAGCAGGUCUCAGUGCACAGUAUGGACUUAUAUCCAGCAGGAGGUCAGUGUCCAAUAAACUGUUUACACACGCUGUAUGUGUUCAGAAGCCGAGAGCGGCUCGGUGUCUGAGCGCAGGCGCGACUUCUGAUCUGAGCGCCCAGCAGCACGAAGAGUACUGUCUGAAGCUGGUGAGGUCACGGGACUAUGAAGGGUUUGUGUGUUCUUUGCUUCUACCUGAGGCCGCUCGCCGCUCCUCCUUGGCACUGAAAGCCUUUAAUGUGGAACUGGCACAGGUCAAGGACUCUGUAUCUCAGAAGACCAUUGGUCUCAUGCGAAUGCAGUUUUGGAAGACUGUGGUGGAGGACAUCUACAGAGAUGACCCUCCGGUCCAGCCUGUCAGUGUGGAGUUGUGGAGGGCAGUUAGGAAACACACACUGACAAGGAGAUGGUUGUUAAGAAUUAUAGCUGAAAGGGAGAAGGAUAUGGAGGAUCGCGCUUAUAGGAACCUACAGGAGCUGGAGUCUUAUGCAGAGAACACUCAGUCUUCCCUCCUCUAUCUCCAGCUGGAGACUCUAGGAGUGAAAAAUGUCCAUGCAGACCAUGCUGCCAGCCACAUUGGCAAAGCUCAUGGGAUUGUGACGUGUCUACGAGCCACUCCUUACCACAGCCAGAGACGCAGAGUCUAUCUACCUAUGGACAUCUGCAUGCUGCAUGGUGCGUCACAAGAGGACUUCAUCCGUGGCAGUAGGGAGCAAAAUGUCCGAGAUGUUGUGUAUGACAUCGCCAGCCAAGCUCAUGUUCAUCUCCAACACGCUAGAUCCUUCAGUAAAAAUGUUCCAGAAGCUGCCAUGCCUGCUUUUCUACACACAGUCUCUAUCGAGGACUACCUUCAGAGAGUGAGGAAAGUAGACUUCGAUGUGUUUCAUCAGAGCUUACAGAAGAGGAAUCCGUUGCUACCCAUUCGGCUUUAUCUUCGAUCAUGGAAGAAGAGAUACUGAUGAUUUAUAAACUCAGAAACUGAGAAUAUGUACUGUCAGUUUUUCCCUAUUCCUUCUGAUAACAGAAGGUGAAGUACCAAGUUCUAUUAUUCAGGCAGUUACUGACUGCGGAGAUUUUAAUGAAACAUGCACUUCCAAUGAGUCUUUAAUUAACACUGUUAUUUAAAGUAAAAAAAUUAACAGUUUUUUUUUCCAUGAGGUUUAUUCUCUCAGUAGACUUGAACCUCUAGUUUAUCAUACAUGGUUUGUACAAAAUGAAACGUUUUGCAAAAUUAAAAUGUCUGUGUUAUUGUUUUUGCCUGUUGGGGAUUUAAGAAAACUGUAGCAGUUCUAGAAUUUUAAUUUCUUAAUUUAAUUUCUUCUAAUGGUUUUAGGUCUUCAAUUAAAUUCACAUGGUGCUUGAAUGGAAGAAGCACCAGCCAGUGACACAAGAAAUCUUAAGUUUGAAAUUUAAAUUUUAUCAAAUUUUGUAAGACUGGUUUAUAAAAUUUUGUAUGAACUUUUUGAAAAGAUUCCAGGAAGGAUAGCCUUUAAUGUAACAGAAAUAAUGUUACUGAAAAGUUCUGAAAACGUGUGACAUCAUAAUGUUUUUGCAUCCCAACCUUAUUAGGGUUUCUCACAUAACACUCCCAGCUAGACGAAUACUGACAGUAUUAAUACACAUAUAUAACUUUACACUACAGUGACGUUACCAGAACGAUUGAAAACAACGUUAAAUAAAAAUGUUCUAAGAACAUUAAAAAAACUUCCACCUAACUAAGAGCUUUAAUUGUAACGUUAAUCAAGUGAACAGUUAAUUCCGGCAAAAUGUUCAGCUUUGUUUUCAGUUUAAAAUUUUAAUUUUUCACAGGAUAUGGGUUGUUCCACCGAAUGGGUGUCAUUUGCUUGUUUUUUGAAAUACAUAUGUUAUUUGAAUCUAAUAACACAUGUAUGUAAUUAUUCAAAACAUGUACUAGUCAAUCUCAGGCAGCUUUACUUAUUUUUUACAAGGUUUCUAAGCCGAAGAUGGUUACAAAACUCAUUUGACAUUUAAAAAGCAUGUUUAAAAGCAUGUACACUAAUUCCUUUUGAUUAUCUCUCAAGAAAGUCUUUAUUUUAAAGAAAUGGUCGUCUGUAUGUUUAAAUAAUUGAUAUUUAUUAUGACGAAGAAAAUCACUCCUGUUACUGACACUCAUUCCUGUUACUGGCGCUCAUUCCUGCUACUUUUUUGUUAUAAUUAACAGAAAUGAAAGUUAAGGAACUUCAUUUUGGUUUUCCCAUGAUCUUCAGACGAACCAACUGAUGUCAUUUCCUUUCUGUUGUAGAAUGUUCCAGAUUUUUCAGAUGGGGUAAUGUUUUACGAUAACAGGAUUAAGUGAAACCCCGGUACACAACUACAAUGUGUAUUUUAUUACAAAUAUUAUGGAUUAAUUAUGAAAAAUACAUUUUUAAAGCAUAGAUAGGAUUUGGAGUCACACAACAAUGCCAAAAAAACAUUUUUGAAGGAUUUAAAAAAUUAUAUUUCAUAGUAAAGUUUAUAGUUAGAGAGUGGGUGCAGGUAACUAAUGCUAUUUUUUCAGUGUUCUAAGUAGAUUUUUUUAGAUUUUUUUUAUUAUAAAUCUUACUUUUGCAUUGAGUUGAAUGUACAAGACACUAUGCUUAAUAAUAAAAUUAUUUUAUAGUUAUGACAGAAAUGGCACCAAUUUGACGGAAUAAGCCAUAUAGAAAACAAGAGGUAUGUUUAUUUAUCAGUAGACAAGUGUAGUGCUGGGCAGUAAGGUGGUUUAUUCAAUAUACUGUUGAGAGUUUAUCUUGUGCUCAGCCAAAAAAAAAUGCAUAACAGCAUUUAGCAGUGUACAAUUUAGACGCAGCACAAACAGCACAAAGGUUUACCACACACACUUCCCAACUUAUGAUUACAAUAUUUCAGGUGAAGUUAUUAAAUAGUGGUGCUAAAAAACAACAAAGGAAUUAUUUCAAGCACAAGCCAGAGCUCUUCUUACUAUUUAAAUCUCUCUCUCUCCCUCUCUCUCUACCCAUCUCUCCCUCUCUCUCUCCCUGUCUCUCUCACUCUUUCUCUACCCCUUGCACUAUGUCCCCUAUCUGUCUCUCUUACUCUUUCUCUACCCCUUGCUCUCUCUUUCUCUCUCUCUCUCUCAUUCUCUCUCUCUGGAGUUUCAGUUUUUAAUAUAGUGAACAAUACAAUAAACAGUGUUUACAUUAUGACUGCA